GACAUAAAUAUAUAUCUUGGUGGAAGUACUGAUGAAAAGCUUCAAUUCAAACCAGUAAAUUUAGUUUUAGUUUAGUUUUGGUUCAUCUUCCAAACUAUACGGAGCUUAAAUAAAUUCAACUAAAGAAAUAUAUUAAAUAAUAUAAUAAUGCAGUCAAGGCUGCGGUUAUUGGCUCUUGCCCUUAUUCUGGGUCUUAUUAUUACCAAUGUAUCGUCAGCGGAAAGAAGAAGAAAACAUAAACGUCGUACAACAACGACAGAGGCUCCGUUUCAACAAGAAGUUAUGAAUCUUUUAAAAGAAGAGGAUACGUCGAAAGAAAAAUUAGUCGCGAAAAAUAUUAAUGAGCAAACUUCGAAUUCUGAAAGUGAAGAAAGACAUGAUAAUAAUAGAGAAAUUUUGAGAAUGGAUCCUUGUUUGGAUAAACAUUGCGGUGCUGGACGUGUUUGUCAAGUAAAUGAUUUAGGAAGCGCAGAAUGUGUUUGUAUAGAAUCCUGUAAUGAAGAACAAGAUCCACGUCGUAAAGUUUGCACAAAUUACAACGAAACAUUCGGAAGUGACUGUGAAGUAUAUCAAGCCCGUUGUUUCUGUGACUCUGGUGAUUCUCGUUGUCGUGGUCCAGAUUAUCAGCAUAUCCACAUCGAAUAUUACGGAGAGUGCCGUCAAAUGCCAAUGUGCAAAGAAGAAGACAUGAUGGACUUCCCUCGGCGCAUGCGUGACUGGUUAUUCAACAUAAUGCGCGACUUAGCAGAUCGUCAAGAAUUACCAUCACAUUUUCUUAAAAUGCAACGUGAAGCUGAAACAAAUUUGACAUUACGAUGGACCAAUGCUGCUAUUUGGAAGUGGUGCGACUUAGAUGGACAUCCUCAUGAUCGUUCAGUAUCACGUCACGAAUUAUUUCCAAUUCGCGCUCCGCUAAUGGCACUCGAGCAUUGCAUUGCGCCAUUUUUAGACGGCUGUGAUGAAAACAAUGAUCAUAAAAUAAAUUUACAUGAGUGGGGAAAAUGUUUACAACUUGAUGAGGACGAUUUAGAAGAUAAGUGCGACGAGUUGGAAGAAACAGGUCAUGAGUAAAAAAAAAUUAACUAAAAACAAUUUUUUGUUCUUAAUUUUUACAUUUUUUAAUUAAUUAAUUAUUUUUAUUAUUACUAAUUGAUGCUUAAAAAUUUUAUUAUGCAUUUGUAAUCAAUUAUUAUUAAUAAAUAAAAAAAUAUAUGAUAAUAAUUAUAAA